AUCAACAGAAACGACUCCAGAGCCAAGUUUGGCCAACUUUUACGCACACUUCUUACUUUGAAAGACUUAUUUCCCUGUCCAUUUUCCACGGGCUGAUGGUAUUUUUUAUGAAGCCCAUGGGAGCUGAAAUGGAGGUGCGCCUGGGGGCUGAUUUUUUUAACACUAUUCUCAUGGAUUUUUCUUGGCACCUUAAUUUAAAACACACCUAAGACUUUAGUUUUCAAGUUAUAGCCUGAAGCGUCAUUGGAGGCGUUUGGCGCACGGACGUCAAUCCAGUGCCAAGUAGCUGAACAGGAGAAAGAACUUCUCCGCAUGAAGCGUUGGAUUAAUGUGAACUAAAAACAAGAAGUCGUCACUAAGAAUAUAAUCUGGAUUCCGUGAUGUGUAUUUGAGAAGUUUCCCCGAUCCGAAUUGAUUUCGUUCGGACAAGGGGAGACUUUAAUGGAUUUUUUAUGUGGGACCCGCUAGGAUGGACGUGGUAGAUGAAACAGAAGCGUUACAGAGAUUUUUUGAAGGUCAUGAUAUUAUCAGUUCUCUGGAGCCAGCCAACAUCGACACCAGUAUCCUGGAAGAGUACAUCAGCAAGGAGGACGAUAGCACUGACAUCUGUUUCUCAGAGGUCCACAGUACCCCAGGACCAAAUUACUCAUCUCCCCAGGCAGGAGCGUCCUCCUCUGGGGGGUUGGUGUGUGGUGUGAGUCCCCCUAUCCCACUGCGCCAAGGAGCCCCUACGCCUGGGCCUCCUAACUGUCAGAACGCCUACCCCCCAGGUCCAUCCCUGGGCCUCCGACACAACUACCUCUGCCUGGGACAGCAGCAGCAGCAGCAGCAGCAACACCAACACCAGCAGCAGCAGCAGCAGCAACAGCAGGCUCACGUCAAGCCCGAGCACAGGGGCCACUACGCUCCAGGGACACUACCUGAGUCCCCCCCAGACUCCAGCUCAGAGCCAUACUCUCCUCAGCAGGUGAAUGAUCCUCAUAUGAUUAGGACCAUGACACCAGAGAACAUGUGUCACAUGACUCCAACACCACCCCUCCCACCACAUGGGCACUAUCCCAGCAUGCACCGGGACAUGUACCUGAAGCCUGAACCCAUGAUAUCCCAGUAUCCCAUUGGUCCAGCCACAAGCGGAAGUGGAGACAUGCAGCAGACUCAGAUGCUCCAUCAGCUACUGCAGCAUCCUCAGGGGCAGGACGGCAUUCCUGUUCACCAGGCCAAGAAGAGGAAGCACUCUGACUCCCCCAACAGCACCCUCAAUUCCCAAAUCCUCACAGGUAUCAUCAAACAAGAACCAGGUUUAAUGCAGGAUGCAGACAACGCCUACCUGGACCCAAACUAUCAGUGCAUUAAGUGGCAGCCUCACCAGCAGAACAAGUGGACACCACUGUAUGACGCAAACUGCAAAGAGCUUCCAAUGCCAACCUACCGUGUCGAUGCUGACAAGGGCUUCAACUUCUCCUUGGCUGAUGAUGCCUUUGUCUGCCAGAAGAAGAAUCAUUUCCAGGUCACAGUAUAUGUAGGCAUGCUGGGAGAACCCAAGUACAUCAAGACAAGUGAGGGCCUGCAGCCCAUCGACUGUUUCUAUCUCAAACUCAACGGAGUAAAGGUGCGCGGAGGCGAAACAGUGGAGGCCAUGAAUCAGUCUAUCAGUGUGGAGCAGUCACAGUCUGACCGCAGCAAGAGACCCUUUAAGCCAGUGCUGGUCACCCUGCCCUCAGAGCAGGUCACAAAGGUCACAGUGGGGCGGCUGCACUUCAGCGAGACCACAGCAAAUAACAUGAGGAAGAAGGGCAAACCAAACCCUGACCAGAGGUAUUUCAUGUUGGUGGUGGCUUUGCACGCUCAGUCCCACAGUCAGAGCUACACUGUGGCUGCCCAAGCGUCUGAGAGGAUCAUCGUCAGGGUAACGUCUGGCCAUGCAUCCAACCCAGGCCAGUUUGAAAGUGACAAUGAGGUGCUGUGGCAGCGUGGCCAACUGCCGGACUCAGUCUACCACCACGGGAGAGUCGGCAUCAACACCGACCGGCCGGACGAGGCUCUUGUUGUCCAUGGCAAUUUGAAGGUCAUGGGCUCCCUGGUUCAUCCGUCUGACAUCAGGGCCAAAGAAAAUGUCCAGGAGGUCGACACCACAGACAAUUUGAAACGGAUUUCUCAGAUGAGGCUGGUCCAUUAUCAGUACAAGCCUGAGUUUGCUGCCACCGUGGGCAUAGAGAACACUGCAGAGACUGGCGUCAUCGCUCAAGAGGUUCAGCAGAUCCUGCCUGAAGCAGUGAAGGAGGGGGGUGAUGUGGUGUGUGCCAACGGAGAAACUAUCCCCAACCUGUUGGUGGUCAACAAGGAGCGUAUCUUCAUGGAGAAUGUGGGAGCGGUGAAGGAGCUGUGUAAGCUGACAGACAACCUGGAGACCCGUAUAGACGAACUUGAGCGCUGGAGCCGCAAACUGGCCAAGCUGCGACGCCUUGACAGCAUGAAGAGCACCGUGAGUGGAGGCACUGUCAGCCAAUCAGGGAGUUAUUUCAGCAGAACAGGAAGUGGCCCACUCAAGAAGAAGACAGUCAAACCUGGGAGCAAGAAUUUGCUUCCAGAUCAAGGCUGCAUCAGCCAGAGGUUCAUGCAGGGAACCAUCCUGGCACUGGUCAUUGUCAUGGCCUUCAGUGUCAUUUCCAUGUCCGUCCUUUAUGUGUUGACUCUUCACCAUAGAGGAGACGUCACAGAGAAAGAUGGGUCCAGAGCUGCACUGGGAUCCUCACGCAAGAGUCCAUACACUCCUCUGUCCACCACCCCUGCACCAGCUUGCUGUUCAACUUCAGCCAUAAACAACCAAUCAGCUACAGUUUUGACAUUGAGUAACAACCAAUCCACGCCAGAUUUAGGUGGCCCAGUUCCCACUCCAGGCUAUAUUAAUCAGAAGGCCAAGUCCAGAUCAAUGGACAAGGAAGGCCGCAAUAGAAACCGCCUGAGUCACACCUCAGCACCUUUGUACUUUGCCAAAUCCAAAAAGCCGGCACCUACAGACCUGGGUGGAGUGGGAGCUGCCAACCGCCUGCCCCCAGGUCAGCCGCCACAGCCACGCAGACAACGCAGCCUACACACAAAGGGAGGAAGGUCAGCUCCCUCUCUGACUAGUCUACAUAUCGUGGAGACAAACCAAGAGAUUACAGCACGAAGUUGCGCCACACCUGAAAGCUGCAGCUACACAGUAUCACUCCAUGGAAACAGAAAUUCCUCCUUGUCACAAAUCACUUUGCACAUGACGUCCACGAUCAGCGUGUGGGUUCGACAAUGUGGAGCCACCAAGGGACGUUUAUGCCCCAACCACACAGAGACAGAGCUCUAUGGUGGACAGAGUACAUCAACAAAGGGGACUCAUCACCUGUGGUCAGUGCCUGUGCUGUCCUUCCAGGACGUCACGUAUCACUUCCGUGUUUCCCUGUCUAGUGAAGUCAGCUGUGCCACUGAAGGAGAAGCCUCAUCAUACUCUGACUACCAUUUUCUCAUUCAAAGCAGCUGCGUGUGAGAAGGAAGACGACGUGUCCCAGUGCCUUUACGAUACACUACGUAUUUCCUGUAUGGUUGCGUUUGUACGCUGUUGUGAUGGGAUAGGGUUUUGUCUUGUUAUUGUACAUUAUUUUUAAAGAUAUUCAUACAGAACAAACUAUAUACCACCGUCCCCACUGUAAUCCCCUCCAUAUGUAUAUGCAUUAAGACAUCUCUUUUUGCUGAGUUUGAAACACUGUUUUUUCUUCUGUCACUGAAAAUAUUUUAGAUUACUGUAAUAUGACUGUUGUGUCACUGUUAACUGAGUCCAUGAGUGUAUCGCUCAUUUGAUUAAUGAUCGCCAAGUCUUCCAUACUUACAAGCCAUAAUUACUUUUUCAUCCGAAUCCCACUUUUUAAAUGAAGUCCAGGCAAAGAUACUGUAGAAGACGCUGCGCACAUUUUUGUUUCUGUAUGUACACUGAAACCAGUGUCGACUGGAAACAAAAACACUUUUCAAUAGUUUGAUACACUGGAGAGAAGAUAACUGGCCUCUGCUGAAGGCCUCAGUGAAUAGUUGCAACUCGCACUGGAAAUAUACCUCAGUAGUGCACACUGGCAAAUCCUGGGUCUCUACAGUGGAGCAUUGUGUCUGAGGCUGCUGCAGCCGGCUAGACUGUCUGCUGUCUCCUCACGCAGAAUCUGACUGAACACUGCACAGAGAGGGACGUACUGUGCAGUAUUUCUAUCUCAGUUGUGACAUUAAAGGUCCAGUGUGUAGGAUUUAAGGGGGUAUGUUGGCAGCAAAUUGAGUAUAAUAUAGUAAGUAUGUUUUCUUUGGUGUAAAAUCACCUGAAAAUAAGAAUUGUUUGUUUUCGUUACCUUAGAAUGAGCCGUUUAUAUCUACAUAGGAGGUGGGUCCUUGUCCAUGGAGAUCGCCAUGCUGCACCACCAUAUUUCUACAGAGGCCUAGAACAGACAAACCAAACACUGGCUCCAGAUAGGGCCAAUCACUUUUUUGCGUCAGCCAACGUAGUUAGCAGCCCCUCCAUGAUGAGAGCGUAGGAGAAACACUGAUUUGUAACAUGAUACUGCUUUAUUCUGUGUUUUUUCUGGUUUAAACCACCAGGUCUAUUUGUUUUGAAGAAGAAGAGACCUGUGCUGAUAAUUCUGCCUCCGGUAAAAACCUCCUGAAUAUCUGGUGAGCACACACUGGCUGGUGCUGGGUGGGUGGCCCGUCUCUGACAUGCCAAAUAGGCUCAAAGAAACAGAUUUAUAACAUGAAACUGUUUUUUUGGGGGGUGUUUUUACUGGUUUAAAUAACCUAAUCUUUUUGUUCUGGAGAGGAAGAGACCUGUCGAUAUUUUGGCUCCUGGAUAAAAAUCUCCUGAAUGAUGAACACUGAAGAUAUUCUAACUGGGGGAAAUUUCAGUUGGUUGCAGUUUGCAGUCCUCACCACUAGAUGCCACUAAAUACCCCAAAAUCUUACACACUAAACCUUUAAAUAAAACAUCAAAUUGUUACAUUAUGAUUCUGCAUGCCCAAACCCUUAGUAUCCUUCCUUAAAUGAAGGCAUAUAAGCCACACUUACUUCAGCAGAUUCACUGGAAGACAUGCGAUAAGACUGGACAAGUAAACAAAUCACUGGAAAUGAGCAUGUAGAAACACUGACUGCUUUUAGCAUCUGAUAGUGGAAAUCCAACAAGUCCAACACUGACAAUAUUUCAACAAACACUGGAAUAGCUUACACUGUAUUUUGCUAACUGGACAGAAUGCUGGCAAGGCAAUAAAUGGCAUAUAUCAUUUCAGGUGCAUGCCCAAUCAUUUCUCUAAAAUGAUGCAUCUCAGCUCAGAGGCGACUCAAAUGCUGCCUCAGCUAUGGAAAUUCCAUUUUAAUGGCUUCAUCAUAAAGCUGAGAGGGAGUUGCAUUUAUUUAUGCACACUGCAGAGAUAAAAAUUGGAUAUUAUACACUGGACUGUUUGUGUAUUUCUCUGGAUGUUUCUGAAUAAUUAUCCUGUGUUUAUACAAUUAAGAAUAUGCAGUGAUAACACUUUGAGUAUAACUGACUUGUAUGAUGUUUUCUUUUCUAUUAUCCUUUCUCGCCUUAAAGCCAUCCUCUAUUCACUCUCACCACCAUGCUCUUGUUGCUUUUGUCAAAAUUUGUUUUUAAAUCCAUAUUCCAUAUGUGUCUGUAUUCAUAAAGACGAAAUGCAAUAGUGUAUCUCACAUGUAAAAUCAAUAUUAAAUAGGAAAAACAGCCAUCAGACAAAGGUUUAUGGAAUUUAUCAUAAUAUUAAGACACUGUACAAUGCUUUCAAUAUACUUAUUAUGACUUCAGUGGGUGUAGUGUACUAUUUUAGCUUAUUUAUAAUGCACCAGCUAGCAUAAUGAAAACCACUGUAGCACUUUUUGCACUGUAUAUAUGGACUGCUUUUGCUCUAUCCAGUGCACCAGACUGUUUUCAUAUACUGUGGUAGAACUGCAUUACAUGUAACUGUAUAGCCUCAUUUGUUACUACCAAUGCUCCUUUUUAUCUCGUGUUUUAUCAUAUUGUUUUUAUAGUUAAUAUUUUUUUGGGGGGGUUGUUGUAUUAUCAAUAAUGUAUUAACUUUUAGCUAAUGGAGCCCAGAGAUAAUUGAUAAGUAUGUAAACACACACACACACACACACACACACACACACACACACACACACACACACACACACACACACACAUUUCUAAUUUUAGCACUAUUUGUUAAGAGAAAAUGCCAUAACACUUAAACUCGUUGAGUACUUUAAUAUCACUACUUUACCUUUUUAGGCCAUUUUAUCAUUACAUUCAAAGCCUUUUGUCAAAAAUAUGCUGUAAUACAAUGUAAAUGCAUGUAGUAAAUAAAUUUGUGAU